AUGACUACCCUGAACAUCAAGAUUGAAUUCGGCGGGGGUCUCGAAUUACUCUUUUCUAACCAACGCUCCCAUCGGAUUUCCCUCCCCGCACACCGUUUGGCGGUUCAGCCAGCAAACAUGGAUUUUCUGAUUCAGUGGUUGAAGGAAAAUUUGUUGAAAGAAAGAGCGGAGCUUUUCGUCGAGAACGACACGGUGCGUCCAGGAAUUCUGGUUUUGAUCAAUGAUACGGAUUGGGAACUUGAGGGAGAAGGACAGUAUGAAUUGAAGGAUGGAGAUGAAGUUGUAUUUAUUUCCACUUUGCAUGGUGGUUAG